AUGACUUUCGCCAAAGAAAUCCACACCUUCCACUCGGGCAAGGCUCAGCCCACAACCUCGGACCCCUCCAAGACCUUUUCAUCCAUCGAUCCCGCGACCAACAAGACUCUUGCGACCAUCUACACCACAACGCCCUCGCAGCUCAAUGCCGCCGUCGACUCGGCCACCAAGGCGUUCAAGCAAUGGAGCCAGACCCCCGCGCCCCAGCGUUCCGCCAUCCUCCUCAAAGCCGCGAGCAUCCUGCGGCGGCGCAAUGACGAGCUCGCCCUGACCGAGACGCUCGACACCGGCAAGGCCCUGGGGGAGACCAAGACGGUCGAUGUCAUCACCGGCGUCGACGUCUUGGAGUACUAUGCGCACUUUGUCGCCGGCUCGCAGCCCGGUGACCACACCACCCUACGCCCAGACGCCUACGUGCUCACCCACCACGAGCCACUGGGUGUCUGCGCCGGCAUUGGCGCCUGGAACUAUCCCAUCCAGAUCGCCCUCUGGAAAUCAGCGCCCUGCCUGGCGGCCGGAAACACCAUGGUGUACAAGCCCAGCGAAGUGACGCCCCUCCACGCCAACACGCUGGCGGAGAUCUACAUCGAGGCCGGUGUGCCCCCUGGCGUCUUCAACGUGGUCUACGGCGACGGUCCCGCCGUCGGUGCCCCCCUCGUCGCGCACGAGGGCAUCGCCAAGGUCUCCUUCACCGGCCAGGUCAGCACCGGCAGCAAGGUGGCCAGCGAGGCGGCCAAGGGCAUGAAGGGCGUCACGAUGGAGCUGGGCGGCAAGAGCCCGCUCGUGGUGCUGCCGGACGCCGACGUCGACGAAGCGGCCGACGUGGCCAUGGUGGCCAACUUUUUCUCGACCGGCCAGGUGUGCACCAACGGCACGCGCGUCUUCGUCCCCGACAGGUUGUUGAAGGACGUCGAGGCGGCGAUUGUCCAGCGGUGCCGGGAGGGCGUCCGGAUGGGCAUGCCGCAGGUGGAGAGCACCAACUUUGGCCCCAUGGUGAGCGCCGCGCAGCGGGACAAGGUGAACAUGUACAUUGCGCACGGCAAGACGCAGGACAGGGCGCGCGUCGUGUACGACGGCGCGUCCGACGCACAGAAGAAGAAGCCCACCGAGGAGGGCUACUGGGUGCCGCCCGUCGUCUUCUCCGACUGCACGGACGACAUGCGCAUCGUGCGCGAGGAGAUCUUUGGGCCCGUCAUGUGCAUCCUGCCAUACGCCACCAAGGGCGACUAUCUGCCGACCCUCAUCGCGCGCGCCAACGACACGCCCAUGGGCCUCGCGGCGGGUGUCGUCUCGCCCGACCUGGGCACGGCGCAGGACGUUGUGCGUCAGCUCGACGCGGGCAUCACCUGGAUCAACACCUGGGGCGAGUCGCCCGCGGAGAUGCCCGUCGGCGGCUGGAAGAUGAGCGGCGUCGGUCUAGAGAAUGGACCUGAGGGCAUCAGGGCGUACAUGAGGACCAAGAGCACGCUGGUGCAGCUGGGGAGGGGUGCCUGCAAGGGCGUGUUUGCCAAGUUGUAA